AAUUGCUAAAUUGGGUCCUAAGGAGUGCUUGCAUGUGGGGGAGUUUUAUCAUGUUAGUAAUCUUGUUUUUCUUUAGUGUAUUCCUCCCAUUACAGGCAGCUGCCUUUCCAUCAAGCUGGAAGACAAGCAGUUUCGCGUGGACCAAGUAGUUCUUCUGACAUCACGAGCCAUGCAUCCAUCUGUCUAUCUUAGCUUUUGACCUUUCUUGGACUGCUGUGGCCCCUGCCUGUGCAGAAUGGACCCUGUUGUUCUGAGUUAUGUGGACAGUUUGCUGAGGCAGUCGGAUGUUUCCUUGCUGGAUCCCCCCAGCUGGCUUAAUGACCACAUCAUUGGGUUUGCUUUUGAGUACUUUGCUAGUGACCAGUUCCAAGACUUUUCCGAACAAGUAUGCUUUGUCAGUCCUGAAGUGGCUCAGUUCAUCAAGUGUGCCACCAGCCAGGAGGAAGUAGCCAUGUUCCUGAAGCCGCUGGGCCUCCCGCACAAGGAGGUUGUGUUCCUGGCCAUCAAUGAUAACUCCAACCAGGCUGCUGGGGGCACCCAUUGGAGCCUCUUGGUUUACUUCCGGGACAAAAACUGCUUUGCCCAUUAUGACUCCCAUAGUAAGAGCAACUCUGCCCAUGCCAAGCUGGUGGCAGGGAAGCUGGAGGCAUUUCUGGGAAAAAGAGGAGGCAAAGUGGCCUUCGUAGAGGAGAAGGCCCCUGCCCAGCAGAACAGCUAUGACUGCGGAAUGUAUGUGAUCUGUAACACAGAGGCUCUGUGUCAGGGAUACUUUAGGGGACAGCAGGAGCCAGUACUGCAGCUCCUCACUCCUUCUUAUAUCACACGGAAGAGGGCAGAAUGGAAAUCUCUCAUUGCCAAACUUGCACGCAAAUGACUUAAAUGUAAUUGUCCCUGCUUUCAACAACUACCUUUCCAGUCCUCUAGUCUCCACCCCAGUGCCUGAGGGAGAUAUCUGUGUACAGAAUUUCUCUGCAGAAAGAAUGUGACCCCUCCAGCAUGGCUACACCCUGCACUACCCCAACUGAAAAGCCUUAGUCUGCUCUACAACCCACUAGCCUUCAGACUUACGUACUGGUAACAUCACGUUUUGCAUUCAGCAGAACCUUCUGAAAGGCAGUUUUAUUACUUCAAGCACUUUUCUGGCUAUCUCAGACUAGGUUGGUGAAGAUUCCUCUCACCCCCACAGUAAGCAAUGUGCCCUCACUAUGUGAUUUUUAAUUUUCUAUGGACAUUGCUAGUCUAAAUCUAAUCCAGUUCAGUGAUGUCCAUCAUACAUACAUGAGUCCUUUUAAAAUUAGGCCCUCUCUGAUUUGUCCCUGCCUUUAAUUGUGUUUCCAAGUUAUAGGAUUUAGUAGUCUAGCUACACAACUCUGCCCCAAAAUUUGGUUUUGGGAUAUCUAUAUCUUGUGAUCUGAGAAUGCAAAAUCAAAAGUAAAGGUGAGGAUCAUUUAAAGGUGCCUCAAAAGGUAAGAAGAAGAAAAGUGAUUUUUGCUCGCUUUUGCUGCUUUAAGGAUGUAUAACAAAGGCCUGAAUUUUUUUUGUUUUUUUUAUUGGAAAUACACAUUUUUUGUACCCGGGAUAAUUGAACCACUGGAAAGCUAGUAGAAGAGUGACAAAACAAGUACUAAGAAAGUGAAACCUGAUUGAGGUGGAAAGUGUUUUAAACAGUGAAUAAAGGUUAUUUUCAUCAACACAUACUUAGUACAAAUAUCCUACAAAAAGUUGGGGGGGGAAAAGCCUUCGAUUCCACACCUCUACCCCUCCAGUCAAGUUUUAAGACAACUUGGAAUACACAUGAAACUGCCAACAACUUCUCUCUCAAAAUCCCCAAAAAACAGACUUUACGUUCCUGAUAUUUCUAAUGGAAAAAAUGAGAAUGAAAAAAGCCUUUGACCCUCUCAUACAUAAUAAAAAGCAGUACCGGGGGAGAGUGUAGUAUCUGAUUUUUAUUUUUUUUAGAGGUGCUGAUAUCAAUGGAAGCUGCAGCUCUUCUGAAAAAUCAAGCUGUUAGUCCUUGGUAUACUUGUCUAUCAUACCAAAUAUAAAUGGCUAAUUCAAAAUAGAAAAGCUUUUGCUGCAGCACUGGAUUACAUCUGGGAUCUAAGAAAGUAGGGCCCAUUGUCAGAAGAAGGGGAUGUUGAUUGAAGAGUGAGCUGUCAGUGUAAAAUGAAGUAAUAUGAAUAUGUAACCGACAGCCUCACUGGGGACAAUGAGCCAGAUCCUUAACCUAUGUAAAACAGCAUAGCUCCAUUGAUUUCAACAGCACAACCCUGAUUCAUACCAAAUGAGCAUCUGGCCCAAUGAAUUCUUCCAAAAUGCCCAGUCAAAUAAACAAGUGAUUAUGGGAUUGGGAGGAGGGGAGUUAAAGAUCAUUACAUUAUGAUCCUUGUUAGACUUUCCAAUGCUGACAGACUGGAGGGUUUGCCUCUGGCUCUCUGCUUUCUCUUUAUCUUCUUGAAUACAUGGGAAAAGUCAGUUCCACUGACCUGUGUCUAAAAUCCCUGGAACUGUCUGACAAAAUAGGGUUGUUGAGUCACUUUAUGCUAAGUGCAUUGCCUAGCUGAACAACAUUCUGUACUGCUUGGACAGCCUGCCAAAGUGGGUCAGAGGCAGGACAGUGGGUUGGUCACUCUAAGGUACUGUAAUUUGCUUGUUUUUCUCCCCAUUCCCUAUUUGUUGCCCCUGCUGCUACCAA